CAAAUGCAUCCACAGAUGCAGCAAAUGGUUAAUCCCCAAUCUUUACAGCAGCAGCAGCUUCUAGAGAGAAUGCGUAAACGUCAAGUUACAUCACCGCGACCUAAUAUGGAUAUGGAAAAAGAUCGGCCGCUGGUUCAGGUAAAGCUUGAGAAUCCUUCUGAAAUGGGAGUAGAUGGAAAUGCCUUCAACCCUAUGAACCCGAGACACCAGCAACAGAUUCAUCAGCAGUUCAGGCAGCAGCAGCAGCAGAUUGCUGCACUGUCGAAUAUGCAACAGCAACAGCAACAACCGGGCUAUAACCAAUUCAGGCAAUUGGCUUCAAUGCAAAUUCCACAAAUGCAAACACCUACAACAGGAACGGUCAGGGCUCAACCCGUUAAGGUUGAAGGAUUCGAACAACUAAUGGGAGGCGACUCUUCUCUUAAACAUGAGACGGAGGAUAAGCUGAGAUCUCCUCCUACCAAAUAGCAUUUGAUAUCCUGACCAAUGUCGCUUAUU